CCCUAAGGAGGACCGGCAGCAGGUUAAAAAUGGCAGAAAAUUUGUGUAUGGGACCCUCAAACGCAACACUACUUCUGUUAUGCUGUCUCUGUCCAGAUACUUAAGGAGUGACCAGAUAUCUUCUUGGCAACACCGGGAUGAAUGUGUGUCUCAUCCCAGCUGGAAAUGUACUUUGUGUCUGAAAUGAACUUUUCUGUUGUAACUCAGUGUACCCCACUGGAACCGGGGUGUUCCAGCAUUUAUUCACUGGAGAUCAGUUUUCAACUGCAUUGAUUAUGCAAGGGAUUCAAAACGUCUGACACCUGACUUUCUGAAUUGCCAAAGAAUUGAUUGUAGUGAGAUAUCAUUCUCCUUCUCUCAGUGUGGGAAGGGAUUUACUAACAGCUUACCUGCAGCCACACAGUGAGUUCACAGUGGGAAACAGACCAUUCAGCUGCUCUGUAUGUGGGAGGGGAUCUACUCAGUCAUCCAGCCUGAAGAGACAUCGGCAGUUCACACAGUGGUGAGAUAUUCCACAUGUUCUGACUGCAGGAAGCAAUUUAUUCUGCAAAUGAUGCUAAAGAUAUAUCAGAAAAUUUACCAGUGAGAGACGUUGACCUGCUCAGACCGUGGUAAGAGAUUCAGUCACUCAUCCCAUUGUGGACACACCACUGAGUUCACCAGGGAGAGAGAUUGCUCAACUAUUCUGUAUGUGGGAAGAGCUUCACUCGGUCCUCUGAAUACCUGACACACGACUGAGUUCAUACUCAUUAGAAGCUUUACAUCUGCUGUGAAUGUGGGAAAACUUUCACUCAGACAUCUAACCUAUUGACUCAGCGAUCAGUUGACACUGAGGAAAGACCAUUCGCCUGCUCAGACUGUGAGAAGGGAUACACUCAGUCUUUUCAGCUAUUGGUACACCAGUGGGUUCAUACGUGAGAGAGGCCAUUUGCCUUUUUCUGUGUGUGCAAAACGAUACAUUUCAUAGUCUUUACUACUGGCACACCAGUUAGUUCAUACUAGGAAGAUGCCGUUAACCUGCUCAGACUGUGGGAAGGCUUUCACACACUUAUCCACGCUACAGAGACACCAGCGGGUUCACACUGGGGAGAAACCAUUCACCUGCUCUGAAUGUGGGAAGGGAUUCACUCAGAAAUCCAACCUUGUGUCACAUUACCGAGUUCACACUGGGGAGAGGCCGUUCACCUGCUCUGAAUGUGGGAUUGGUUUCUCUCAGUCAUGGCAACUGAAGGAACAUCAGCGAGUUCACACUGGAGAGAAACCGUUCAUCUGUUCAGAUUGUGGGAAGGAAUUCACACGGUCAUCAAAGUUGAAAGUACAUCAGCGAGUUCACACUGGGGAGAGGCCAUUCACCUGCUCAGACUGUGGGAAGGGAUUCACACAUUCAUCUACUCUACAGAGACACCAGCAAGUGCACACUGGGGAGAAACCAUUCACCUGCUCAGACUGUGGGAAGGCAUUCACAGACUCAUCCAUGCUUCAGAGACACCAGCGACUUCACACUGGGGAGAAACCAUUCACCUGCUCUGAAUGUGGGAAGGAAUUCACUCAGAAAUCCCACCUGCAGACACACCGGCGAGUUCACACUGGGGAGAAACCAUUCACCUGCUCUAAAUGUGGGAAGGGAUUCACUCAGUCAUCUACCCUUGUGUCACAUUACCGUGUUCACACUGGGGAGAGGCCGUUCACCUGCUCUAAAUGUGGGAUUGGAUUCUCUCAGUCAUGGCAACUGAAGGAACAUCGGCGAGUUCACACCGGAGAGAAACCAUUCACCUGUUCAGAUUGUGGGAAGGAAUUCACUCGGUCAUCAGAAUUGAAAGUACACCAGCGAGUUCACACUGGGGAGAAACCAUUCACCUGCUCAGACUGUGAGAAGGCAUUCACAGAUUCAUACACACUACAGCGACACCAGCGAGUUCACACUGGGGAGAAACCAUUCACCUGCUCUGAAUGUGGAAAGGGAUUCACUCAGUCAUCUACCCUUGUGUCACAUUACCGAGUUCACACUGGGGAGAGGCCGUUCACCUGCUCUGAAUGUGGGAAAGGAUUCACUCAGUCAUGUCACCUGAAUGAACAUCGGCGAGUUCACACUGGAGAGAAACCGUUCACCUGUUCAGAUUGUGGGAAGGAAUUCACUCGGUCAUCAGACUUGAAAGUACACCAGCGAGUUCACACUGGGGAGAAGUCAUUCACCUGCUCAGACUGUGGGAAGACCUUCACUCAUUCAUCGAACCUGCAGAAACACCAGUUGGUUCACACUGGGGAGAGGCCGUUCCUCUGCUCUGAAUGUGGAAAGGGAUUCACUCGGUCAUCUCACCUACUGAUACACCAGUUAGUUCACACUGGGGAGAGGCCAUUCACCUGCUCAGACUGUGGGAAGGGAUUCACACACUCAUCCACACUACAGAGACACCAGCGAGUUCACACUGGGGAGAGGCCAUUCACCUGCUCCGACUGUGGGAAGGGAUUCGCACAUUCAUUCACGCUACAGAGACACCAGAGCGUUCACACUGGGGAGAGGCCAUUCACCUGCUCCGACUGUGGGAAGGGAUUCGCUCAGUCAUCAGUCUUGAAAGUACAUCAGCGAGUUCACAGUGGGGAAAGGCCAUUCACCUGCUCAGACUGUGGGAAACAAUACACUCGGUCAUCUCAACUCAAGGAACAUAAGCAAAUUCACACUGGGGAGAGGCUGUUCACCUGCUCAGACUGUGGGAAGGGAUUCACUCAGUCAUCCCACCUGCGGACACACCAGCGAUUUCACACUGGGGAGAAGCCAUUCGCCUGUUCUGUGUGAGAAUGGAUUCACUCAGUUAAUGCAACUGAGAAGGACACCAGUCAGUUCAGAUGGGGAGAAGCCAUUCACUUGCUCUGAAUGUGAGAAGGGAUUCACUCAGUUAUCCCACCUGCAGACACACCAGUGAGUACACACAGAGAAGAGGCCAUUCACCUGUUCUAUAUGGGAAGCGAUUCACUCAAUGAUGCAAAUUACAGGCACAGCAAUCAGUUCACACUGGGGAGAGGCCAAUCACCUGCUCAGACUGUGGGAAGGGAUUCACUCAGUCAUCUCAUCUGAAGGAACAUCAGCAAAUUCACACUGGGGAGAGGCUAUUCAACUGCUCUGAAUGUAGGAAGGGAUUCACUCAAUCAGUCCACUUGGAGACACAACAGUGAAUACACACUGGAAUAGUUUCUGAACAUGGGAAGGGAUUCACUUAGUCAUCCACAAUUGUGGUGCAUUACUGAGUUCACACUGGGGAAAAUGUUUACAUAAGCUACAUGCUGGAUAUUUAAUCAUCACAGUUAGUGACUCCAGAGACAAGUUCAAAAGUGAUUUAUUGAUGACCUCUGCAAUUAUUACUGCUGCUCAUCAUACCCAGUGCUGCACCCCAGUCACAGGGCAGGAGAGCACUUUCUUCAACUGAUGCUCACCUUUUAUGGGACUGGACUUUAGUAUUCUGGAUCUGUGAGAAAUAAAUCAGUUCUAUUUUAAACUCUGUCUCAGGUGCCUACUGAAUUUACAACACAUCCAGUACACAGUAGGGAGUCAACUUAGCACAGCUGAUCCCUGUCAGUGUUUCUAUUCCACAACAAUCCUUUUAAAUCCAUUCCUGCGUUCACCUCUUGCUCUCCCUGUGGUGAUGGGUUGGAAACAGUCACCUCUGUGGGUGAAGAGGAAUCUCUUGAAUUUCCUGCAUCACUUUCUGCAAGCUGAAGAAGACAAGCUGACUGCAGUUAUGUCUGACCUGGGUUUUAUCCCUCAAAUCUCUCAGCCAAGUAUAAGUGACUUGGAAGUAAACCUCCUUAUUCCCUGUCGAAGUUGUGGGUCAUUUUCACUGCUUCUGAAUGGUUGUGUGCCACAGGCUGGGUUGUUAAAAUACAUCACUCUCCUGCAAAGUCAGAAAGCUGAAUGUGGACAACAAGUUGGAUGUUCACUGGAGCAGGUCAGAAACCAGAGAUGUUAGGGCUCUGAGCAGUGUUAAGGGUAAGAGCACACGAGGAGCAGGGAAACAGAGUCGGGGGGGGGGAGGAUGGGCUGUGGCAACAAAUGACAAAUAGCAAUAUUUGGCAGUUGAUUGAAUAAAAAGGUUGAUUUUGUCUGGUUGAAACACUGCCUGUUGAUAAUGAGUUUAUUACUUGUGGGUACUUGCUGAAUUCUCAUAAAAAUGUUGACUAGAUUGUUGCUAUUUGGCAAAAGGGAGGCAAUGAUUGUAAACACUUUCACUGGCACUAUUCUUACCCAGAAAUCUCUGAGCUUCACAGCGUACUUCUAGUGUGAAUCAAGUGCACAGGUGCUGAGAGUAUGUUGGAUCCGACUGUUUAAUUUUAAUUCUCAUUUUCUUUACAAUUUAACCAUUCAUUAUCUGCUUGUAUUUUAAGUAGUGUUCAGAAACAUAGAAAAUCUACAGCACAACACAGGCUCUUCAGCCCAUAAAGCUGUGCUGAACAUGUCUUUACCUUAGAAAUUACCUAGGGUUACCCGUAGCCCUUGGUUUUUCUAAGCUCCACGUACCUAUCCAGGAGUCUCUUAAAAAACCCUAUUGUAUCUGCCUCCACCACUGUCGCUGGCAGCCCAUUACACACACUCAGCGUAAAAAACUUACCUCUGACAUCUCCUCUGUACCUACUUCCAAGUACCUUAAAAUUGUGUUCUCUCAUGCUAACCAUUUUAGCCCUGGGAAAAAGCCUCUGACUAUCCACACGAUCAAUAGCUCUCAUCAUCUUAUACACCUAUAUCAGGUCAUGUUGCUCCAAGGAGAAAAGGCCAAAUUCACUCAACCUAUUUUAAUAAGACAUGUUCCCCAAUCCAGGCAACAUCCUUGUAAAUUUCCUCUGCACCCUUUCUAUGGUUUCCACAGCCUUCCUGUGGUGAGGUGACCAGAACUGAGCACAGUACUCCAAGUGGGGUCUGCCCAGGGUCCAAUAUAGCUGCAACAUUACCUUUCAGCUCCUAAACUCAAUCCCAAGAUUGAUGAAGGCCAAUGCACCAUAUGCCUUCUUAACCACAGAGUCAACUUGCGCAGCAGCUUUGAGUGUGCUAUGGACUUGGACCCCAAGAUCCCUCUGAUCCUCCACACUGCUAAGAGUCUUACCAUUAAUACUAUAUUCUGCCAUCAUAUUUGACCUACCAAAAUGAACCACUUCACAUUUAACUGGGUUGAACUCCAUCUGCCACUUCUCAGCCCAAUUUUACAUCCUAUCAAUGUCCCACUGCAACCUUCGACAGCCCUCCACACUAUCCACAACCUUUGUGUCAUCAGCAAAUUUACUAACCCAUCCCUCCACUUCCUCAUCCAGGUCGUUUAUAAAAAUCAGGAAGAGUAAGGGUCCCAGAACAGAUCCCUGAGGCACACCACUGGUCACCAAUCUUCAUGCAGAAUAUGACCCGUUUACCACCACUCUUUGCCUUCUGUGGGCAGACCAUUUCUGGAUCCACAAAGCAAUGUCCCCUUGGAUCCCAUACUCCCUUACUUUCUCAAUAAAACCUUGCAUGGGGUACGUUAUCAAAUGCCUUAGUGAAAUCCAUAUACACUACAUCUACUGCUCUACCUUCGUCAAUGUGUUUAGUCACACCCUCAAAAAAUUCAAUCAGGCUCAUAAGGUACGACCUGCCUUUGACAAAGCCAUGUUUAUAUGCAUAACAGUGUAAUAUAAAAGUAUAAUUCUGGAGCUUUUUUGUACUUCAUUAAGUGACUGAGGGUUUUCUGAUAGGUUGAUUUUAAUGCAAUAUUCACUAAGUAUUUUCUAAUUGGAUUAUUGUUAUGUAUAGAUUUGAAAGGAAUUUUUCUUCUGAGUAUAAAAGUAGGUGUUUUAUGGUGGGUGCCAUAUCUUUAAUUUCUCUCUUCAAGUAGUGGAUCUUGUCACUGCUCCUUUCCUGUUCCAUCAACUUUUAAUAAAACUAUC